AUGGGAACCCAAUUUUCAGUAGCUAUUUGCCUAAUGGCUUUCACUCUUGCUUAUGUUUCCCUUGCCCAAAACCCCUCUAAUGAAGAUUACCUUAACGUCCAUAAUGCAGCUCGUGCAAAGGUUGGGGUUGGACCAAUGACUUGGGAUGCCACUGUCGCUGCCUAUGCACAGCAAUAUGCUAGUAAAAGGAUUGCAGACUGUGAUUUGAUUCAUUCAACUGGACCCUAUGGGGAGAACCUUGCGGAAGCCUCCUACGCCUUAAGUGGUGCGGAAGCAGUGACAUUGUGGGUGGACGAGAAGCCCCACUACAACUACGACGCCAAUCAAUGUGUUGGUGGAGAGUGUUUGCAUUAUACGCAGGUGGUUUGGCGAAAUUCAACCCGCCUCGGGUGUGCUAGAGUUAAGUGCAACAGUGGCUGGUGGUUCGUCACCUGCAACUAUGAUCCUCCAGGGAACAUUGUUGGUGAACGUCCCUAUUAAUCUAUUUAUUAGU